UGGAUAGAUCGAUGCACAGAUAGUGAAUUAUGGUGUCCCUGUGCCCGGAACCUUUGUUAUUGUUCUCAGCAUCUCUAGGAGACAAUACCUAACCUGUCAUCAAUCGGCUCUGCAUCCGAGUGAUGCUUUCUGCUAGUACCCUGCAGACUUGCCAAUAUGAAUCUUCAAGCCGAUGAGUCGAAGAGACUAUUUGAUUUCAAUCUCCCGUGCUUGGCGGACAAAUCUUGCUCUGAUUUAGUUGGAGACGGAAGAUACGUUGCCCUAGAGAUGGGAUCUGAGGUAGGAGAUUAUGAUGGUCGCUGUAAAAAUCACCGCGUUGCUGCUGGGUCAUGUGAUUCUCUUAUUCCUGGUCUACAUGAUGACAUUGCUCUGACCUGCCUUUCCUGGGCAUGCCGAUCAGAUUAUACUACGCUUGCUUGCCUCAACAGGAGAUUCAAUUCGUUGAUACAAAGUGGCUGCCUCUAUGGAUUGCGGAAGCAGAUGGGUAUCGCCGAGCACUGGGUGUACUUGGUCUGUGACCCACGGGGGUGGGAAGCUUUCGACCCCAUGAGAAAGAAAUGGAUGAGAUUGCCCAAGAUCCCUUGUGAUGAGUGCUUCAAUCAUGCAGACAAGGAGUCAUUAGCUGUGGGCAGUCAAUUACUGGUUUUUGGCCGGGAGUUGUUGGAUUUCGCCACCUGGAAGUACAGUUUGGUUCGUCGGAAUUGGGGGAAGUGUCAGGGAAUGAACUUUCCUCGAUGCUUGUUCGGUUCGAGUAGCUUUGGUUCGAUUGCCAUUGUUGCAGGAGGAAGUGAUAAGAAUGGAAAGAUAUUGGAAUCUGCUGAGCUCUACGAUUCUGAGACAGGUAGUUGGGAGCUGUUACCAAACAUGCACUCCCCGCGUAAGUUGUGCUCUGGUUUCUUCAUGGAUGGGAAGUUCUAUGUGAUAGGUGGGAUGUCAAGUCCUACGGUCUCAUUGACUUGUGGGGAAGAGUACAACCUUGAGACGAGGAAAUGGAGGAAAAUUGAUGGAAUGUACCCAAAUGUUAAUAAGGUGGCUCAGGCACCUCCGCUUGUGGCAGUGGUGGAUAACCAGCUCUAUGCGGUUGAGCACUCAACCAAUAUGGUGAAAAAGUAUGAUAAGGAGAAGAACACUUGGGCUGUCUUGGGAAGACUCCCUGUGAGAGCUGAUUCUUCAAAUGGUUGGGGCCUGGCUUUCAAAGCAUGCGGCAAGGAACUGUUGGUUGUAGGUGGACAGAGGGGCCCUGAAGGUGAUGGUAUUGUGUUGAACUCUUGGUGUCCAAAGUCAGGGGUCAAAAAUGGGACCUUGGAGUGGAAGGUGCUCGGUGUGAAGGAGCAUGUUGGGGUGUUCGUCUAUAACUGUGCGGUCAUGGGCUGUUGAGCACUUCUUCUGCUAUUUAUUCACUCAGUGGGAUUGGAGACUCUGCAAUCUAACCAGGCCUUUUGAGGCUUCUCCUUCACAUGUUAUCUGUUUUGACCACAAAAACUGAUUGUCUGGGCAGCCUUAAUUGAUUUGAAUAUUCAUUUUACUCUUUGACAAUUUCUGUAUUUGGAUAUGGUGCUCAAUUGCGUGAUCACUGUCUCAUGACUUUUAAGGGGAAGACUAGUGAUUAGGUACACAGUGGUGCAGCUCUCUGUUUCCUCUCCACAACCCAUUUUUGCGUUGAAAACAUAGAAGGCAUUAUUGAU